UCUGAAGCUGCAGUCUACUGCAUUCGUUCACCGUGGGCUUACUCUCACUCCCUCCGCCAUCCGCCAUGGCUCUUCUUCCACCCAAGCUCGCCCUCGGAUGCCCUAAUUCUACACUAUUCUCUGUAACUCUGAGACUCUCUUCUCCUCGUCUUCCACCAUUCCGAGUUUCCUGCGCUAAACGAACCGGCAAGAAGAGGUAUCCAUCGGAAAAGAAGAAGCUCAAGUUGAAACACAAAGAAGUCCUCACUACAGUCAAGAACAAGUUCGAAGGCAUUUGGAGGCUGUUCAAGCUCGGAGUUCCCGUGGAGAAGGAUCAUGGCAAGGAUUUUCAUGGUCUCUCGGAUGCUCUGAUGCAAGAGAUUGCCAAAGUGCUUGAGUUUCCGGUCGCCUCAAUGCUGCCACGGGAAGCCUUUUCGGUUAUUCGUAAAUCUUUUGACGCCAGAAAGAUGUUGAAAGAACCCAAGUUUGUGUAUACCGUGGAAAUGGAUGUACAUAAGUUACUGAUUCUGGAACCUCGUGUUCGGGAUUUCAUUUCGGACUUGGAGCCUAAAGUUGGAUUGAUGGAACAUAUUGCAAAAGAAAAGGUUUCCAAUGAUGUAAUCAGUAUCGUUCAUGAUCUCAAAAGUAAUCACGAAGUGGUGGGAGAAAAUGGACUUAACGGUCACUCUGGUCCUCACUUGCGAACUUCAAAUAGAAAACCAAGAAUUGCCGUUGUUGGCAGUGGGCCAUCUGGCCUUUUCGCCUCUGUUGUCCUUGCAGAGUUUGGGGCUGAUGUUACCUUGAUUGAAAGAGGUCAACCGGUGGAACAAAGAGGGCGUGAUAUUGGUGCAUUGGUAGCUCGUCGGAUUCUGGAACUGGAUAGCAAUUUUUGCUUUGGGGAGGGUGGUGCAGGUACCUGGAGUGACGGGAAGUUGGUCACUAGAAUUGGUAGAAACAGUGGCAGCGUCCAAGCGGUUAUGAAAUCUUUAGUUUAUUUUGGGGCCCCAAAGAAUAUUUUACUAGAUGGAAAGCCUCACCUUGGAACAGACAAGUUGAUUCCAUUACUUAGGAGCAUUCGGCAACACUUACAAAUGUUGGGUGUCACUAUCAAGUUCGGGACUAGGGUUGAUGACCUUAUUGAAGAGAACGGACAUAUAGUGGGUGUUAAAGUUUCUGAUUCAAGAGACAUGUUAAAGCUCACUAACCAGAAACUUGAAUAUGAUGCCAUUAUCCUAGCUGUUGGUCAUUCUGCACGUGAUGUAUAUCAAAUGCUUACGUCUCAUAAUGUUUCCCUGGUUCCCAAAGAGUUCGCCGUUGGUCUAAGGAUCGAGCAUCCUCAAGAAUUAAUAAACAGCAUACAGUAUUCUGGCUUGGCCAAUGAGGUAGAGAAAGGACGUGGGAAAGUACCUGUGGCAGAUUACAAAGUUGCCAAGUAUGUUAACAUAGACACGCAGGAUCCAUCGUCCAAUUCUCUAGCUGCAAGUCGCAGUUGCUAUUCAUUUUGCAUGUGUCCUGGUGGCCAGGUUGUCCUCACAAGUACAGACCCCUUAGAACUUUGUAUUAAUGGAAUGUCAUUCUCUCGACGUUCAUCAAGAUGGGCAAAUGCUGCUCUUGUCGUCACUGUUUCAACUAAGGAUUUUAAUGAUCUGAGUUUCCAGGGGCCUCUCGCUGGGGUUCAAUUUCAGAGAGAGCUUGAGCGAAGAGCAGCCGUCAUGGGAGGUGGAAAUUUUGUUUUGCCUGUACAGACAGCUACGAAUUUUAUGGACAGAACGUUAAGAGUAACAUCCGUGCCACCAUCAAGUUAUCGGUUAGGAGUGAAGGCCUCAAAUCUCCACGAGUUAUUCCCUGAUCAUAUUACAGAAGCUUUACAACAAUCUAUCCUAGCAUUUGAUCAAGAGUUACCAGGUUUUCUCUCAAGUGACGCCCUUCUACAUGGAGUGGAGACGAGAACAAGUUCCCCUGUUCAAAUCCCACGCAACCCCGAGACAUACGAAAGCACAUCUCUUAGAGGACUCUACCCGGUUGGUGAAGGGGCAGGCUACGCGGGAGGAAUUGUAAGUGCAGCAGUCGAUGGCAUGUACGCAGGCUUUGCCGUGGCUAAGAAUUUCAAUCUUUACCAUGGCGACCUUGAGAUGGUUUUGGGCAAGGCUCAGAGUUCCGGAUCCGUGAUGUACUAGAGCUGAUUUGAUUCUCCUGCCAGUAAAGGAGAGGAGCCUGUGACUAUAAAUCUGGUGAAUCUCUGCACGUUAAUUCCCACAAGCCCAUCUAAGUCAACCAGGUUUUACUCUCAACCUAACUAUAAAUCCAUAGUUUUCACCUUCAAGGAGCAUCCAAUUACAAACAAGGAUCUGCUUCUACAUCAUUUUGUUCGAUUUGAGGUGGAGUUUUACAUCUUUCUAUUUCGUAAAUAUGCGACAAUUAAACAAGCUGCUCGGGCCAUUCAGACUGAUUUAGCGGACUCUACUUGGUCCAGGUUGGAAGUAAAAUAUCAUUUGUAUAUUUUAUUAUAUGCAUGCAGCAGAGGGAGCAUUCAGUGAAAGCUCAAGUCUCCACUCCAAUAUUUUAUACAUUCUUAUCUCUCUCAACAGAUUUGCUUUUGGAUCAUACGGGAACAACACUCUUGCAGAUUCUGCAUAAUAUUAUCGGUAUGUACUAAUUUUUAUAUUGCUAUAUUAUAACAAAAAUAUUAUUGUCAAUAUUAGCAAUAGGAUUUUAUCUUGAAUGGAACUCUUUACUCCUCACCCUGGGAACUUGGUUUUUAUGAGAAACUUAACUUUCAUUAGUAGAUGUGAAAGCUCGAAAAGAGAGGAAUCAUGGAAAAACAUUAGUUUAAAGACUUGUCUAUCGGUCGUUAAACUUUGAGUUUGUAUUUAAUUAGGUUCUUGAAUUAAAAAAAAAAAAUG